UGAUUUCUUUCACCGUCCAGACCGCUAAUCUGUUCCCUUGUCUUCACCGAACCGAAGGCGAAAAGCUGAGGGCAAGAGAAGGCGAUCGCGGCGAAGAGUUCCCACUCGAUCGGCAAUGGCGUCCCAGAAGGAGCGAGAUGACUUCGUGUACAUCGCCAAGAUCGCUGAGCAAGCCGAGCGCUACGAUGAGAUGGUAGAUGCUAUGAAGAAGGUUGCGAAUCUCGACGUCGAGCUCACUGUGGAGGAGCGGAACCUGCUCUCGGUGGGCUAUAAGAAUGUGAUCGGUGCAAGGAGGGCUUCUUGGAGAAUCCUCUCCUCCAUCGAGCAGAAGGAAGAGGCGAAGGGGAACGAGAACCACGUGAAGAACAUCAAGGACUACCGGCAUAAGGUGGAGACGGAGCUUUCGAAUAUUUGCACCGAUAUUAUUUCCCUGAUCGAUGAGCACCUCAUCCCCUCAGCUUCGGCCGGCGAAACAUCUGUAUUCUACCACAAGAUGAAGGCCGAUUACUAUCGUUACCUGGCAGAGUUCAAAGCUGGAGGCGAUAAAAAAGAAGCUGCAGAGCAGUCCUUCAAAUCGUAUGAGGCUGCCACAAAAGCAGCUGAGUCGGACCUUCCUCCUACUCAUCCGAUUCGAUUAGGGUUGGCACUGAAUUUCUCUGUUUUCUAUUAUGAAAUCAUGAACUCACCUGAACGGGCUUGCCAACUUGCAAAACAAGCUUUUGAUGAAGCUAUCUCCGAGCUUGAUACACUGAGUGAAGAAUCAUACAAGGAUAGCACUUUGAUCAUGCAACUAUUGAGGGAUAAUCUUACUUUGUGGACUUCCGAUGUCCUUGAAGAUGGAGCAGCAACUGAAGACGGUACAAAGGAAAACCAUGGGAAGCCUGCUGCACCUGAAGAGGCAGAGUGAAGGUUUGAUGAACUGGAACCUGUUGGAGGAACAUCCUUAGGCGAUCUGUCAUUUUGUUGCCAUUUUUCUUUAGUUUUUCUCUGUUAUCGUUUCUAACUUGAUUUAAGAAUUUUGUCAAAACUUGGAUCAGGCAUUUGAUAUGUUGGAGAGUUGCAUUGAUUUCCUGAA